AUGGCGAGUGACGCCGCGUACCAAACCUUGCGGCGUCUGCUCGCUGCGCCGCCAGCGAACCGGGCGCAUGUCGACCUGCUGGACCGGCAUGCCCUGUAUGGAGCUGUGGGCCACUAUUUGGCCGUCAUGUCGCUGCUGAAUGUGUCGGAAUUCGCGUCCGUCCUCGUCGCCUCCCCGGCCUUAUGGGCCCCGCAGCCAGGUGCGCCCCACACGCGUGCAGCCGUAGAGCGAGCUACGGGCAUGACGCAGGCCCUCUCCUUCGCACUCAGCGAGCGCGUCACCGUGAUUACCAAGGCCAUCGGGAAGACAGCUCCGAGAUCUGCCCCAUCUGAACUCGGCGCAUGGCUUCAAGCCCUUCUCCAUGGCGUGCAUACCCACACGGACGAUGCGCCCCACACACGCCUCGCGCGCCUCGCUCUAAUCACUGGCCUCGUACAAGGACUUGCGAAUGAAAAGCGCCAUCGCACCCACUUCUCGCUCUGGUUUCAUCUGCGCCGCCACGCCCAUACGCUCGAAACGGCCUGGUCCACGGCGCUCGCACGCGCCCUCGAGCUUGAGCAUGUGCCUACGCGCACCGCCACCCUCACACUCGCUGCGAGUGUCGUCGACAUGGUGCCGGAUCACUGCAUGCGGACGGUGAGCGACAAGGCAUGGAUCGAAGCGGCCUUGCCCCUCGUCCUCGGCGUCUUUGACGUGUCGUCCCAGCUCUUUGGCGAUGCUAUGCGGGAUGAUCGCGGCGUGGUGUCGCUCCCAGCGAGUGGGCCCACAUGCGCAUGGCAGCAGAGGGUCUCGACGCACGCCCUGUACACGCACGCCGGGCCCCUCGCUCGGCUCGUGGCCGCGGCCCUGCGUCGUCUCGGCGCGUCGCUCUCGCCGGCCGACUAUAUGGACGCGUUAUGGGGGACCCACGGCAUCUUUCGCCCGUGGCUGGACGCCAGCGCCGCGCUGGAUACGGCGUGGACCUCGAGUUGCCUAGCUGGCGUGGACGCCAAGCACUUUCCAUCCGAGACACGCCAACGCACUACGGGCGUUUGGCACAUUUUCAAGACCUUUCUAUUUACACUGACCGUGGUCUUCGAUGCGGUCGUUCAUGUCGUCGUCGAGCAGUGUCCAUCGCCGUCCGAGGCGUACCCUGCCGCGAACGAAAGGCAUGGCGCAUGGCCCGCCAUGUCCACCAGCAACGUCCCGGCGCCAUACCUGGCGAUACUGGCGCAGAUCCUGCGCGUAUUCGAGCGCGUCUACUUUAUCACAUCGACGUUCGGCCUCGAUGGAUUUGAGUCGUACCGCGUCGUGUUGUAUUCGGCCCUUGACGUGCUUAGCCGCGAUGCCGAGGCAUGUACGCAGCUCGUGAGCGCCAUGGCGCAUGAUUUGCUUGAGCGGCACGGCGUCUCGGCGCCGGACGCACAACCAGCGGCGCACGUUCGGAUGGGACAGCGCAUGCACGUCACCUACCUCCUGCUCGUGGUCGAGCAAUGGGUCUCUGAGCUCCCGGAUACCAUGAUCAAUCAGCUCAUCCUGCCCCUGUGCCGGCCCUACCUGCAGGACACCCGGUUCCAAGAUACGUUUGAGUCGGCGCAUUCGGUGGUGCUGGCGCUGUACACGUGUGGUGCUGCUUGUACGCGCGAGCUGACGCCAUUUUACGUCGAUAUGCUGCUGCACACAUGCGUGCCACGCAAGCAGCUCAGUGCAUCACAGCUGCAAGUCGCAUGUACGACGAUCGUCGAGUCCCUCUCCCAUCACAGCGACUCGCUGGCGUGGUGGUGCAUCGAGCAGCUGGACGACCAGAUCAGUGUCAUGCAGCUGCAGGGACGCGAUGAUGACGCCAUGAGCCUCGCAUUGUGCCUCGCGGCUAUACUGCCGCACGUCAACUUGGUUCUCCUCCGCUCGCUGCUGACCAGGAUCAGCGCACGCAUACUCGAGCGCCCAGCGCCCAGCGCAGAGCGCACACAACUUGUGGAACGCGUACACGAAAGCCUGCGUGAUAUGGAUGCAUCCACACGUCUCGAGGCCAUGCAGUGGUGGCUCUCUCAUAGCGACACGUUUACGCAGGGCAUGUCCUAA